AUGGAGUUCACGGGGCUGCGGCUGCCGCUGGGGCGAGAGUACGCGGCCGAGGCGCCUGCUGAGCAGGGCGGGGUGGGCAGCCGGUACGCCUUCCGCCAGCGCUGGUACUCCACGCUGCCAGACACGCUGGACAACCAGCUGAGGGUCAACCUGGGGCUGGGCAUGCCGCGCGACGCCAUCAUCGCCGACCGCGCCUUCAACACCCGCCAGGCCACCGACGCGUUCCUGGGGUGGGCGGCGGUGGAGGGCGUGGAGUACGACCCGCGGGACGCGCCGCUGCGCGCCACGGUGGAGCUGUCCCGCGUGGCUCCCGACGCCUCCCCCCUGCCGCCCCGCCGCCUCGAGCUGUACAUCAACAACCUGGCCUCGGACGGGUCCACCGAGGGGCAGGGGCAGGAGGCGGGGGACGUCGCCUUCUAUGCUAGCGAGCUGUGCCGCCAGUGCCUCUACCUGCCCAUGCCCAUGCGCCUGCCCGUGCCCAUGCCCGUGCCCAUGCAGGUGCUGGUGGGGGCGCGCCAGGUGGAGGUGAAGGAUUACGAGGUGAUGCACAGCUGGCGCCAGCUGGCGCCCGGCCUGGUUCAGGGCCGCCAGCGCAGCUGCCUCUACCUGCAGCCGCAGGAGCGGCGCUACUUCUCCGCCGCGGGCCGCGCCGUGGCGGUCUACGACUACCGGUUUUCGAUGCGGCGGGUGGCGCCCGAGGCGGAUGCGCCGGCGGGGGCGGUGGCAUGCGUACCCACGCCUAAAGAUGUGAUUCAGUGCGUGUGA